AUGGCCGACCUGCAUUGCGAAUUCGCGAGUCUUGGUGUUGACAACACAACAGCGCAUAAUCACAGUUUUGAGGCACAUAAAAACGAGUCCCAUGAAGCACCAAUAGCGGCAUCAUCAGCAGCCGGCGAAGAUGGCGUCGACGAUCUUUUCGCUCGCCUCUCGCGCGACAUUCGCGAGGCGAAAAAGGAGCAGCAGCGGCUCGAUGCCAUCGUGUCGACUCUGUUCGCCGCCAACGCCAUGUGCUUCUGGCCCGACUCGGACGCGCACAGGCCGCAAAGGGCGUUCGGCUUCCGCGUCCUCCGCACCCUGCCGCCCGCCGCAGAGACUCUUGAGAUGCGCGGUGAGCCAGCGGGUGGGCUGGCUGUUGUUUCGGCUGCGCCAUGCCAACGUGAGCUCAGCGCAGCUGUUGCUCAGCAGCAGCUAUGCCAAUCCCUCGCCUCCAUACGCUCGUGCCACCCCCUGCCCAUUCCCCAUGCUCAUCCCCAUAUCCCCUCCCCUCCUAUCCCCUUUCCACCCGCCCGUUUCCCCCCCGUCCCCUUCCCCCCAUCCCCUCCGUCCCAUGCGCACCACCGGCCCCACUCGAUGCUGGCAAGAACAUUCUUUCUCAUGGAGCGCAGUAACGAGCGAGCCCCCUCCUCCCCGGACUGGGAGAGCUUAGGUGUGGUGAAGAGCCUCGGGGCACAGAGCGCGAGGGUGAAUGUGCUGCCCCACCUGCUGCCGUGGCUCUCUGCCAGCGCCACUGCCAGCCUGCGGCAUGGCUCCUGUGCCACCCUUCUCGACUACCACUCCACGCAAACCAAGUUUGAAGGCACCAAUGUGCACUCCUCGCUCUGCCCUCCCUCCCCUCCCUCCCUCGUUGCCGCCACUGUAUUCUAUCCCGUCUCCCUCAUCUCGUCUCUUCUGCCCGUCCUCAGUGCGUGGGAGUUUUACCUCUGCAAGCCCCUUCCACUGUGCCGCCGAUCCACACUGCCGCAAGCACCAUCACCAUCGAGUCGCCUUCGGCCACUCACCCUCGUCUACGUCCCCGACUCAAAGCUGCCGUCACCCCACCGCCCUCCUGCUGCCCUUGCCACUGCACCCGCUCUUGCCCCUUCCACUCCACCUUCUCCCUCCAGUUAUGCUGUCGUCCCUCUGUCUCCCACUCCUGCACUUGUUGCACUUGACAUCACUCCUAUUCGCGCCUCGCCUCGCCUCCUGCCCUCACGUCUCACCUCCUAUUCGCUUAUCAGGGACAUCAUAUCGUUCGUGUCCCAGCGAGCGUCAACAAAUGCGGCAAAAGAGGGUCUGUUGAAUGCAAGUGUGCAAGAAUUGGCUGAUACAGAUGUGCAUGGUCUGUCAGAUGAAUAUGUGAAGGAGCUGAAUUGCAUGCUGAAGACAUGGGGAGUUGAUGCUGAUGCAAAGCAGCUAGACACUGUUGUUGACGAGUAUGGAAGGACUGCGGUGCAUGUUGCUGCUCGCGAUGGGGAUAUAUUUGUGGUGCAGGUGCUAUUGGGGCUGGGCAUGCUUGUUAGCGUGCGCUGCAACAACCGCAGCACACCCAUGCACCGAGGGACCCCAUUGCACGACGCAGCGAGGCAGGGCAAGUGGGAGGCAGUGAAGUGGCUGGCACAGCAGGGAAUAGACCCCCAGGAGGUGGAGACCAACCCCUCCCCGGGGUGCUGCCUUUUGACCUCCUAG